CAGACCGAUUUAGGAUCGGUGUGCCACCAUUGAUGGAAGGCUACGGAAGGGAGAACGGUGAAUAAGUGUCUGCUAAAAUAAUGUUAAAAGGUUUUACAGGAAAAUAAAAUCUUUUAUUCCAUGUGUGACUAGCAUAAGGAUUUUGAAGGAGGAUUUUAUUUUGUAACUUUAUUGUGAUAUUGUUGUCGGAAAAGGAAAAUACAAGUGGGCUGCCAGUGGUGUUCCCGGCUUGACACUGCAACUUGCCGACGUGGACGAUAAGCGUGUAAGGUUUCGAUGGAUAGACCGAAGACAGACAGUUUCUUCGGAGUUUAACGCCAGAACAUAAGUUUUUAUGCAAUAAUUUGAUUAAUGAAAGGAUUUUGAAAUAAUUAAUAGUUAGAACUUGUUAAAAGCAAUUAUAAAGGGGCGUGGUGUUUGUUCACUAGUUAAUCAGGUGUUUUUGCGUUGAAGCCUAUAGUGCCAGAAACAUGGAUCCGCACGUAGUUUUAAUUGGAGUGACUGUAUUCAUUGUGUCAGCUAUUUUAAUUUACUUGAUAUCUGUCUUUGGAAUCAAAGAAAAGUCAUACGAAGAAGCUAUUGCUGAGCAGCGAAAACGACUGGAGGAGGAGCAGGAGAAAUCAAGGAGAGAUAAGAAGGCAGAGAAGGAGAAAAAGAAAGGAGGAAAAGCAAAGAAAGAAAAACCUAAAGAAAAUGUAGAAGAGGCUCCGAAGCCAAAGGAGCGCAAAAUGCUUAAUUUGGAAAUUGAGGCAGAAAUAAUAGAGCCUUUUGACUCUGCAGAGUUAAAGCAGAAACCAACAACUGUCAAACAGAGGAGCAAACCAAAGUCGAUCUUGGCUAACAAGGAUGAGAAACCCCUGGUUUCAAAGGAGACAGUGGAGAUGCCACAUUUCAAGCCCCUUCCAAAGGAUGAUGUGGAGUUAAAACAUGAGCAUGAGAAAAAGAAAGAGGUGAAGAUGGACAAAGAGAGGAUGGGGAGCCCCAAGAUCAGCAAGAAGCAUAAACCCGUGGAAGAAGAAGUUAUUGUUGAGCAGAUGACAAAGGCUACUUUUCUUCCGAUGGACAGCAAGCCAAAGAAAGGCAAACAAGUACAAGAUUCCCUGACUGAUUCCUCUGAGCUGAUUCAGGCCGUGAGAAGUGCCCAGCUGGGUGACCAGGACAUACAGUCCCUCAUUGAAGUCCUCCUGAACAAGCAGGGAGGGGGCGGGAGCAGCAUCACAGCUGAGUGGAAUAAGAAAAGCCAGAAAGGCGACCCAGUGGUCCUAUUGAGACGUCAGUUAGAGGAGAAGGAGAGAGCCCUACAGGAAGAGCAACAGUUAGCCAUGGCAAACGGAAACAAGAUCAAGGAGAUUCGUCAGGAGCUGGUCCAUGAGAAGACUAGAUACUCCAGCCUGGAGCGCCAGUUCCAGGAGAAGAUAGCGGCCCAGACCCAGGAGAUUCAGGCCCUGCACUCUCGCAUGCAGACCACCCACGACAACCACCUGAUCGAGAGCAGCAGGAUGCAGGCCCACAUCAACAAGCUGGAGCAGUCCCAGAACCCAGCACAGAUGCAACAGCUGAAGGAGGAAAAUAGGAAGUUAAAGGAAUCUUAUGAAAAAACAAAGGCUGAAGCUAUACCACCUGCAGAAUUUAACAGCCUUCGCCAAAAGGUCUCCAUAAUGGAAAAUGAAUUGUCCAACAAUGUCAUUAAACUCAACGCUGCAGAGAAAGCGAAGGCUGCUGCAGUUACUAAAUGUUCUAAACUUGAGGAAGAAAUGAAAAAGUUGAAAGGCACAGAGAGUGAAGCUGAGGGAAUGUGGUCCAAAAGACUAGAGGAUGUGAAUCAACAGCUACGCAAAAGUGAGAGCGAGAAGAAGACCCUGAGUGAUCGCCUCAAGGCCGCGGAGAAGGACUGCUCGGGGGUUAAAGCCAGACUCCAGGAGCUGGAGAAAGCCCUCAAUGACGCCAGCUCUAAAGAACUGGAGGAAAAACUCAAGACAUCAGAAAGUGCCAAGUCCUCUGUGGAAUCCUCACUAAAAACGACAGAGAAGAAGUUACAGGAGGCCGAGAACCAGAAAAACAGUUUACAGCAAGAACUGGAGAACUUGAAAACAGAGAACAAGAGGUUGAGUGAGGAGGCCAAGAUAAGCCGGGAGAGGUCCUUGGGUGACGGACAGGAGGCUCCCAAAAACAAACACAACGGGGACAUCCACGGGGAGGACAAAGCGAUACAGGAGUAUAAAAAUAGCCUGGAGGAGUACAAGAAAAUGGUUGCUGAAAAAGAUAAGACUAUUCAGGGUCUACAGAGUGAUAUUGAAGUCCAGAAAAAGGAGGCCUCCAAGCUUCUGGAACAGGCCGAAACUCAGAAAAAGAAGAAUAAUGAGUUGAGAGAAAAGAAUUGGAAAGCAAUGGAUGCCUUAGAAAAGGCCGAAAAAUCUGCCUCAGAUAAAAUAACACGUGUUGAAAAAGAGAUAAAGGAGCAGAGCACAGUAGCCGUGUCAGAGACGGAGAAGUACGAUAAAGCUAUUCUACAGAGGCUGUUCCCCGAGAUCUCUUUAACCGACAAACUGAGUCACAAAGAUUGGAUGAGUAGUUUCGAAAAGCAGGCUGCAUCAAAGAUUAAAGCAGCAUCUGAGAAAAAGGAUGAUAGUGCCAAAGUCAAAGAACUUGAAGACAGCAAGAAAUCAUUACAGAGCCAACUUGCAGAGUUACAGAAAAAAGUUUCAGAAAGUGCCAAAUUGGAAGCCAGAUUGAAAGAGUUGGAGAGCAAGAACUCCCAGCUCCAGAAACAAGUCGGUGACAGUAAAUCAGCGUCCUCAGCACAGAUUGCAGAGGCACAAAGUCAGGUAAAAAGUUUACAGGACAAAGUUACACAACUAGAGAGAGAAAACGGGGAAUUAAAAUCAAAGGCAAGCCAGAGUGGCAGCAAUGACUCCAGAGUGCGUGAACUGGAGGAGACCAAUAAAAAACUCCAGAAACAAGUGGAGGACUAUCUAGCCGUCCUGCAGACCACGGAGAGCAAACUGCAGCAGCUGGAGAACAGUGUAGAGGGCGAGGAGAGGAAGUGGCAGGACAAGGCCGAGGCACUGACCGUAGAGUUACAACAGGCCAAAGAUGAGCUUGCAACUUUGAAACAAGAUGUUGAGAAAUUUAAGAACAGUGAUGAGGCUCUAACUGAGUUGGACUUUGCAUAUAGAUGUCUAGAGAAAAGUCUGACCCAGAUAUCAGAUGAGAUGAAAGACAAAGUUUUAUCCUUAGAGGGUCAAUUGAAAAUUUCAGAAGAUAAAUGUUCACAGCUUCAAGAUCAAGUGAUUGAGGCUGAAAAACGAAUCUCCACCCUACAGAGUUCUGUCCAGCAAUCAAACACAGCUGACCUCAGCCAGCAAAUGCAAGACGUACAGAGUCAGCUAGAUUCAGAAAAGAAGAAGAGCAAGGACCUUGCCUCCCAGAUUGUGAAACUGAAUGGAAUUAUUAAAACAGGGCAGGAUGCCAUCCAUCAGGAGCAAGAGCUAGUCACAAAGUUAAAGCAACAGCUAGAGGAGAGGGAGAAGAGUCCAGGGACCAACUCAAGUUCAACUGCAUCAGAGCUAAAGAGCAAACUAGCUGAAAAAGAAAAACAAUUAGAAAAAGAAAUCACCUUAAACAAACAGUUGUCUCAAAGACUGACACAAGCCUCGUCCUAGCAGCUGUCUACAGGCACAGUUAGGUAUAAUGGCCUCAUCUCCCAGUGAUAAUGGAACCUCUGUGUGAUAGCAGACUAUAGCGAUGCUGACAGAAAGCCAUAGGGAAGAAGAAUUAGCUGACUUCUUUAUACUUGUGUACAUACAAAAUAUGAAAACUUUCAUCAUUAGAUGGAAUAUAAAUUUGAAAUAUUUUACCAUUUUAAUGGGAGACUGUGUAGGAAUUCAGGCUUUGGUAACGGGCACAGGCGUGUUUCAUUUCAUUCAGUGCUAUCAUUUAGUGCAAUAGCCUCAACUACAUCAUCACUUUGUUGACCUUUAGGUUGUCUUUCACAUUUUGUUUUUUUUAUUUUUUUUUGGUAUUGCGCAUUCAGAGGUGCAAGAAUACCAGCUCUAAAGUCUUGUGAUAAUCAAGUUAUGAUUUACUAUAAGGAUGUACUCGGCACUAGAUAAUCAUUGUAAAGGACCCGUGUGCUUCAGUAUCCGUAAUCCUUGCACUGUAUAAUGUCCUAACACUUGGUUGGUUGGUUUGUUAGUGUAGGUUGCCAGAUCGACUGUGUUUUAUCACACAGAACCACUCAUUUCUGUUUGAUGUGAGUUGUAUGACCCAUGACCAAUGUCAUAGUAGAAAUAAAUUGUAACAUUUAACCUCAAAUAUUAACCCAAAUUGUGAAAUGCUUAUAGUGUUAUGUAUAUAGAGGCUUCCCUGCAAAACUCUAAGUUUAUGAUCCUCAUCAAUUUAAUAUAUGAUUCUAUUUUGAAUGAAUUGACUAUUUUUUAUGUACAUAUUGUUCAAAUUCCCUAUUUAAGAUAAAUGUGACUUAAACCAUAAAAUGGUAUGUGAUCAAUGAAUCAGAUUUCUGUUGCUGGUGUAGGAUUCGUAGUAGUGUGGAACUGGAUAUAGCUCUACACUUUGUCUGUCUCUGAGUUUGUCUCGUUUAACCUCAGUUACUUAGAACUUCCACUGUCCUGACAUUAUGUAGACCCCCUCGGCGAAUCGUUGGUGCUAGGAUUCCUGAUAUAUUGUCAGAAGAUUUGUGUUUUAUCAGAGAACAGUUAUUUUAUCCCAGAACUUUUUCCUAUCAAUUUUAAUGUAACAUCAUAUCAGAGAUGGCAGAAAUGGUGUGACUCUGGGACCAGAUAUUUCGUUUUGUCACAAAUCAAAACCACAUACAGCAGAGUGACGGCGUCAAGCCGCUGCCAUAUAUAAUUAUAUAGAUAGCAAUGUUUUCUGUGGCGUGAGAGGGCAACAGAUCCAUGUGUACAUAGCUGGAAUGUGAUUGUUUUACAGAGCAUCAAAGUAUUCAUAAUUAUUCACAGGCAAUUAUCACUUAAUACGUUGACAUACAACUUCACAUCCAUAAGGACUAUACAUAUUAAUAUAGAUAUAUAUAUUUGCAUAUUUUAUCCAUGGUUCACAGAUUUCAGCCUAGUCAUGUUUGUUUAUUAUUUGUGUGAUUUUGGUCAGUACUAAGAGCAGACAAUAGUCCAUUAGAAUGGGAGACAUUUUACACAAGUUUGGUUUUUCUGAGAUGUCGGCUUGUUAGGUGGAACAGAGGAGGAGCUAAAGCCAUGAGGAAUUGAUACUGAUCGUGUUGAAACUGAAUGUAUUUUUGCAGGGUAUUGUCAUGAGAUGAUAUCUAAACAGCAAUAUGUACCCAAUCUGUCAAUAAAUCUAUAGCCAGCUGAA